GUUGCCUCCACCGUGUAAGCACUGACAAUAAGGGCGGUGAACAGAGAACACUUCCAAUUUUUGCAGGAUUGUGAGUAUGCUUUUCUGUUCUACCCCAUUGCAGGGGUCACUACCCAAAAGCUCGUUGAAGCCUUUUUUCUCGCCGGUUUCACUCAGCUCAUCUGCUUGGAAGAUUUUUUUUACCUUUGCCGAGUUUCAAUGAUCUGCUCUCUUGUUGGAAAUCUUUCUGUUGGUGAUCGCCCCAUCUCUGGGAGAUCUUGGAGGUCAACUUGCCCUGCCUCCGCAGAAAUUGUCCAAGUGGAACCUGAACUUAACUAGAAGCUGGACAGUUUUAAGAUAUUGCAACUGAACCUACCCUCACCAUCAAAAAGGGCAAAGUUCAGUACUGCAUCCAGCCUGCUUGUGCUGGUACUCAUGUCCUUCCACGUCUGAUAUUCCUGCAUACAUAGUUGUCUCGACGUUUAUCCAUAGAAACUACAAGCUUUGGAGGUUGGAGGGCUUCUUGACAUUGUAGCUGAGGUAGCGCGCCCAGCUAUCAUCUGUCAAAGAGUGUAUGCUGAAGAUAGAGAGGUUAAGUCACUGGGAUGGCUGCAUCAUCUAUUAUUUAACUCAGAUAGAAUACUUCCAUUUCAUUGGGCGGAUGACAACAUGGUGUGACAGAUCGUCCUAUCGGAAUCUAAUUCCUAAUGAUACUUCUAAGCCCUUGGGAUAAGAAAAAUUAGCAAGGCCUUUCCCACGUUGCAGCUGUGCCAUUGCCAGUCUGCAUUCAUCAGUUGUAGACCAGUGAAUGAAGCUGCCUGAGGGUUACUAGCUGGCAUGGAUAGGCCAAAGGUGGGUAGGCCAAAGGUGGGUAAGCCACCGGAUAAGUUCUGGGAAAAAGUUGACAAAGUCAUAUCGAAUGAAGGUGAAGGACCUCGAUGGAAGUGUAAGUUCUGCAAAAAAAUAUUUCCCGGCGGAGCUUCCAGGAUAAAGGCGCAUCUGGGUAACGUUGAAGGCAAAGGAAUUAAAGUUUGCAAAGCAGUUGAUGAAGAUACGGUGAAAGAAGCCAGGGAGGAUCUUGAAGCGUGGGAAUCAAAUAGAAAGAGUCCAAAGAGGAGAAGGCUAGGAACUGGAACCAAUUCAGCUCAAGUUAACCCACAGUCGGUUGGCCAAAGCAACCCAAAUGCACCACCGCAAGGGAGUCUGUACACAAUCCAGAAAACAGUCCUACCUUAGCAAUUUGCGCCGGGGUAUCCAGACGACAGCUCUAAUUUGUCCAGGAGUCUCGGGGAAUCUAGUUUAAUUGUAUUACAAGAUAUUUGGGAUGAAACAGCGGUGGAAGGUCCAUCAAAUGCUCAACGGGACAUCAAUAACCAAAAUAAUAUGCCAUGCCCAGGCUUUGAGACUAGAGAAGCUGACCGAUCGGGUUCGCAUCAGCACGACACUCUCCCACCACCACACAUGCGGCCUGUGUUGGAGGAUCAGCGUAGUACAAUGGUUCGUGACCUGCAAGAUGAAAAUGCAAAUGCACCAUCAUGCGAUAUCCAGUCCUUGCAACCAGAUGGUCCUGUUCGGUUACCCGUGAACGCUCAACCAUUUCUUGCUGAAGGCACCCUCAAUGUACCACCGCAGGGGACGACAGAGGCUAAUAUCUCUGAAGACAACCCAGUGCAAGAUAAGCCCGAUGACAACAUUAUGCUCGAGCAACUCAAUCAUUUUAAACCGACACAAAUUGAUCCAGAUCCCAACAAUGAAGCCAAUGAGGACAUUGAUUCUUCUGCACAGAUCUCACUUGCAAGGGAAACUAUACAGUGUGAGAUGUUAGUGCCCCAAUCAGUGGGUCGAGAACGGAUUGUGAAUGAGCUAUGCGAUUACUUAAUGGAAAACGAUAUAUUAUGCAUCGGAGUCCAUGGGAUGGGGGGAGUGGGGAAAACCACAACCAUGAAACACCUCUAUAAUAAAGUGCAUGACAGUGCUGCCUUUGAGUAUGUAUUUUGGGUCACGGUGUCAAAAGACUGCAGUAUCCACGAGCUUCAAAAUAAGAUUGCCAGAGCCCUUAAGGUUCCCGACCUUUUCAAGGAUGUUGAUGAAGGGAUGAGGCCAACAUUGUUGUUCAACCAUUUGACCAAGAAAAAGAAGUGUCUAGUUAUUUUAGAUGAUAUGUGGCAGCAUUUUGAGCUUACAGACGUUGGUAUUCCAGUCAAAAGAGAUGGUGUUCGUCUGGUCCUAACAACACGAGAUCUUGGUGUUUGCGAAAAGAUGUUGUGUCAAGUGAAAAUUGGAGUUCGACCCCUAUCUGAUGAAGAAGCAUGGGCAUUGUUUAUAUUGACACUUGAUUCUGAUCAACCUCCUAGUCAGAAACUUGUUGCUGAGGAUAUUGUUAAGGAGUGCAAAGGCUUGCCGUUAGCUAUUGUUGUCAUGGCGGGAAGCAUGAGGGGAGAGGUCGAGGAUCAUGUAUGGGAAGCCACGCUGGAAAAUUUAAAACGACCAGGAGUUCUGGAACAAAGUAUGAAAGAGAGUGUUUUCCCGAUUCUGGUUCACAGUUACAACCGGUUGGAUACGAAGAAACAACUAUGUUUUUUAACGUGUGCUCUAUAUCCCGAAGAUUGGUCAAUCCCUAGACAAGAACUGAUAGAACUUUGUAUUGAUGAAGGGGUGAUUCAUGAAGAUAGUAGGCGGAAGAUGUAUAAUGAAGGGCACAGAUUAUUAGAUGAACUUGAAAAGGCGUGCCUCUUGGAGGCAUAUAGUGCAGGCGGUAGAGGAGUUAAGAUGCAUGAUGUGAUUCGGGAUAUGGCACUGCACAUCAUGAACGCGAACAACGCCCCAUGCAUGGUGAAAUCUGGCUUGGGUUUGGAAGAUGUGCCGGAUGAUGAGGAUGAUUGGAAACGUAACCUUCAGAAGGUCUCCUUGAUGUGGAAUGACAUAAUGGUAGUUCCAUCCUCCAUAUCACCAAACUGUCCUCAACUAGCAACUUUGCUGCUAAAUUACUGUUCGAGUUUGCAAAAAAUCUCAAAACGUUUCUUUCAGCGGAUGCAGGGGUUGAAGGUUAUUGAUUUGAGAAAUACAAGCAUCACAAAAAUGCCAAAGUCUGUCAUGAGCUUGAAAAAGUUGAACGCACUAGUACUCAAUUUCUGCUCUCAACUAUCUCGUAUUCCGUCCUUGGCGAAGUUGACAUCGCUAAGGAAGUUGGACCUCCGAGGGUGUAUAAGGAUUAUAGAAGUACCAGAUGGUUUGGGGAUGUUAGUUAAUCUUACAUAUCUCAGCUUAAGAGAGAUGAGCAUUGAAAGGAUUCCAGAUGGAGUAGUCUGUAAGUUAAAGAAGUUACAACACCUUGAAGCGGAUUAUAUUGCAAUGAAGGGAGAAGAAGUUGGAAAAUUGAGGAAGUUGGAGGCACUCCGAUGUCGUUUCAAAAACGUGAAUGAGCUGAAUGAGUACACAUUGCGUGCGACAACUUUAGAGUCUUACAGUCUCGUCAUAGGAGCUCGUACAGAUCACGGCUAUUGGCGGGGUGUACUUGCGUAUGGUGUUGACAACUUAAAUUUUUUUAAUGGUGGCAAAGUUAUUAUUAUGGGUGAAGGAGAGUAUAAGAUAAGAGAAACAUGUCAUCUCCCAAGAGACGUGAAGGCACUGUGGAUUCGAGACUAUGAGGGGAGGUGGAAUAUAUCCACUUUUAUGGGACUUGAAGAAUUGAAGGAGCUACGGAUUAAAGGGUGCGGUGAGGUGUCAACACAUAGGGGUGGCAAUUCGUAUCGUGUCAUGUUUAUACGUGUCGUGUCUAAACGGAUUCGUGUCAUCGAAGUCAUAACCCGUACACGACACGAUUAUUAAACGGGUCA